AUGGUAGGCAUCGGUGCAAGAAAUAAAAAUACUCUUGAUAUGAAAUUUAUUUGUCCUGUAUGUUCAUUGAUACUACGAGAUCCUAUACAAUUGACUCAAUGUGGUCAUCGAUAUUGUCGAACAUGUUUAAAUGCUGGACAAGAAACGACAAUUAAAUGUCGACAAUGUCAAGCAGAUACAACACAAAGUGAGAUACGGAUUGAUCGAGGCUUCAAAAAUGAUAUGAAAUCCCUACCCAUUGAUUGUUAUUUUUGUCAGUGGACUGGUAUCUUAAAUAACUAUCAAGAACAUCUCAAUCAAUCUCAUUCAAAUCUUAAAUGUGAUUAUUUUGGUGAACAGUUCAAUUCAGUUAAUAAUUUCAAUGAACAUAAAGUCUUCGAAUGUCAACAACUGAUUGUUGACUGUAUAUUGAAAGAUUUUGGUUGUAAUGAACGAAUUAUCCAUGAUAAAAUGGAAAAUCAUUAUUUGACUGAACAACAUCAACAAACAUCGCAAUUAAAUGAUAGACAAAUAGAUUUUGAUUCUUCUCUAUUUACAGAUGCAAGAGCUUGUAAUACUGACACAGCUCAAUUGAAAGAGGUUAACGAAAGGCUCAAUAUGUGGGUAGGUGGCAUCGAAAUAUUGACCAAUGAUGAACAAUAUCUAGCCCAUGACUUACUUCAAAUGUCAAUUACACUUUCAACAUUGACAGAAGAGUCCUCAAAUGUUAAAUUAUCCAUUGAAGAAUCAAAUGCUUUUUUGAGAGGAGUAAAACAUAAUCAAGAUUUAUCAUUAGUGCAAGAAAAUAUCGAUGAUUUGCAACAUGUUUCAUAUGAUGGAUGA